GUAAAAUUUGAACAGUUUGAUUCCCGGCUUUCACUUAAGAUGAUGCUCGCAACAUUUCUAGUGCUUUUUUCGGCAGUCUUAGUCCUAGGGACUCAGAGAUCGGCUCAGUUGCUGGAACCAGGAUGCCUACCGCCUAACGAUAGACAAGAAGUUGAUCCAGCCCCAUGGAUGGCAUACUUAGUUCGCCAAGGGGCAUACGCAUGCUCAGGAUCACUCAUUACUUAUAACUUUGUUCUUACGUCGGGUCAUUGUGCAGACAUAACAAAAAACUUAUAUGUCAGAUUGGGACAUUAUCAAUCAAAUGGAACAGAAGACUUCCUAGUCAUGAGUGUUUUUCGUCAUCAAAGAUACGAAACUAUAAUGUCCGACGAUAUUGCUUUACUUAAACUGAAUCGAUCUUUAGAAGGUCGAGCUAAAAUCAGGCCGAUCUGCAUUCUUUUAAACCCUGACUUGAGGACAACGAUCAAAGCUAUCCCGAGCUUUAUCUUAACUGGAUGGAGUCAAACUAAAGGUGAUACCCAACAAACUGUUCGACAGGUCCUUGUCAACAGGGUUGACCCAGGAAUGAACGAAUAUUGGUGUCGCAAACAAGAAGAACGAUUUUGCUGCCAAAAGCCCGCUAUUUUUGCACUUACCGCUGACCCCGGAACUCCUUUGGGAGGACAGGUUCUUUUUGAUGAAAGCCCUAUGAUCGUUCAAUUCGGAAUAUUCAGCUCAGGACAUGGCGACACAAGCUAUGGAAUAUACACGGAUGUUAAUUACCAUACACCUUGGAUUGUAGCUACAAUUCGACAAAAUUAAUUUCCUUUUUUAUUGCUACAUGAAACUUAAUAAACAUAACAAUGAAGUCAACACACUGGAAAUAGUUAAGGUCAAAAUAUCCCAAUUAUAAACUGAAGAAUUGUCGGUUCC